AUGGAAAAAGCGUUAGCCUCGAGGACUCCACGCGUUGUCGUUGUCUCAAGCAGCAUACACCGCGUGGGCCAUAUCCGAUGGUCGGAUUGCAACUUCAAUGAUGGGAAGAGCUACCAGAGGUGGCUGGCGUAUGGUCAUUCCAAGACAGCCAAUGCUCUAAUGGCUCUUUCACUUGCUGAGAAACUCGGUUCCCGUGGCCUUCUCGCCUUCCCGUUGUGUCCUGGAACUUGUUAUACGAAUCUCUCGGCACAUGGGGCUGACAACUAUGUUUCUUUUGCGGCCGGCCUUACGGAGAUGGACAAUAUCUAUGGGAAUAAGUGA